AUGGCCAACAACAUCGAGAUCCCCAGUCCAGGUGAAACCAGAUGGUACUAUAGAGCUCGUACCAUUGAUGUCAUUUUUAAGAAUUACCAACAUCUUCAUGGUAUUUUAAAGAAGGUUAAUGAUAAUCCAUUUGGCUGGGACGAUGACUCCAUAAGUCUGAUAGUUGGCUUAUUGGGGCAUCUUGACCGUUUUUCGUUUUAUUUCUUGCUCUGUCUUUUUUAUAGAAUUUUUGAGCAAUCCAGCAUACUUUAUGCAAUUCUGCAGGGGAGGGAGACCGACUUCAACUAUGGCAUGCGUAAAGUGGAAAACUUCAAGUCAUUUCUGGGCUCGAUUCGAAAUGAUGUAGAAUUUGACAUGAACUAUCAAAAAGCUGUCGACGAGGCAGGUUCCCCUGUUACUAGAAUUGACCUGAAUGUUAAUUAUAAGCAAUUGUAUUUUCAAAUUCUAGACACAAUUGUAGGGAUGUUAAAUGAAAGAUUUAAAGAUAUUCAAAGCUUUGGAUUCCUUGAUCUUGUCAAUCCCAAGCUGUUCAGAAAUUGGGGAGGAAAGGUACCAUCGGAUAAAAUCGACCUUCUCAAGGAAAGGUAUGGACCUCUAUUUGACAUUCCAAUGCUUGAAAGCCAACUAACAUUUAUUUACAGGGACAGUGAUUUCUAUAAAAAUACUAGUAUGGCAAUUUUACAGUAUAUUUUUUAAUUUAAUGUGCAAUCUAGUUUGCCAGAAGUUGUCAAGCUACUAAAGAUGAAUGGUGUGUUUUCUUUGACUAGUGCUUCAGUGGAAAGGUCCUUUUCUUGCCUAAAGAGAGUAAAGACCUAUCUCAGAGCAACCAUGACCCAAGACCAUCUGAGUUCCCUUUGUCGGAUAUCUAUCCACAAAGAUAUAUUAAAGUCGAAGAAAGAUGCACAUACCCUGCAUGAGCAAGUACUUGUUAAGUUUGCUGAAAAGCCCAGAAGACUUGCAUUCCUUUAUAAGUAA